AUGGGCGUUGGCAGCUCCUACAACAUGACCUGCCCUCCCGGCGGGGCGCUGAUCACUUUGCAGGAUCCGCAGGAGUGCUUGCAAGGCAAGCCGGUCUUCAAGGACUCAGCCAAGCCACCUAUGCUUGCAGCCAUGCCAGACAAUGCGUGGAAGGGCUUCGCAAACAAGGUCAGCGACACAUGUGCCAGGUACUGGGAUGAGAGAUUGCCUUUCCUCGGCCUUGUGUUCGCCUUGUUUCCGUUCGUCAAUGCCAUCCUCACUUUUACCAAUGCCGGCACGGAUACGGGGUUCGGCGUGACCAACUUCAUCUCUAUUGGCUUCGUCUUCUUGGCUGUUGGCACAGUGUUCGGUGGCCGCGUCCUGAUCUGCAACUUGAACCAGGCCCAGGACCACGCGAUAAGGAUGGCGUGCGAGGAGUUGAGAACGACAUCACACGGUGCCUUCACCGCGGAGUAUCGAACGAUGUGGACGGGCCCGUGCAAGCCCAAGCAUGCGCGAACCAUGCGGGUCAUUUGCAUCUCCUCCGCUUCCGGCAUGGUGGGCAUGGCACCUCCGCAGAGCAUCACGGUCACUGUGCCCGCAGGGGUCAGUGCAGGUGCAAUGCUGCAGGUGCAGACCCCCACCGGCAUCCAAUCUGUGACCGUGCCGCCCGGAGUUUCUCCAGGACAAACCUUUGCCUUCACACCCACGGCCGUGCCAGCACCGGUCAUCGUUCAAGCACAGGUCGUUGGCGAAGCUGUUUGA